AUGUCGCUAACUACAGAGAAAACAGCUCCAACCGUCAAAACCCGAUUUCUGGUGCUUUCCGACACCCAUGGGCUGGACACUCUCCCCGAGAUUGUUUCGCAUCAAUACGCAGAUGUAGUGCUUCACUGCGGAGAUCUCACAACCGAAUCGAAGAUAGAAGAGUUCAAAGCCUCGAUUCGACUCAUACAGGCCCUGAAUGCCCCACUCAAGCUUACCAUUGCUGGAAACCACGACUUCACCAUGGACAUACCGAUGUUCCAGAAGAAGGUGGCAGAGGCUCAACCUUUGGAACCUGAGCUAGUUCAACAGGUCUAUGGAUCUCAUGGAGAGGCGAGGAAGCUGUUUGACGAGCAACAAGACAAAGCCAUUGUAUUUUUGGAUGAGGGUUCUCAUUCUUUUCAUCUAAGCAACGGUGCUCGGUUGAAUAUCUACGCUAGUCCUUUCACGCCAUCACUGGGCGAUUGGGGAUUCCAGUACCACCCUGACCGCGGACAUGACUUUCGCAUUGCCAACGCCGAUAUUGUAAUGACCCAUGGUCCACCCAGAGGUAUAUUGGAUUACACACACUCUGGAAAUCGUGCUGGGUGCCCUCACCUUUUCGAGGCUAUAGCACGAUCCCAACCUCGACCACUGAUGCAUUGCUUUGGUCAUAUUCACGAGGGCUGGGGUGCAAAAAUGGUCAAAUGGCGAGAUCAAAUCAGUAAAAAGCCUUCUCACCUGACCGAUAUUGACAACGGGAACUCCUGUCUCAUAUCCACACUGACCGCUAUCAAAGGUAGGGGUAAGGUCGCAAGUCUAUAUUCUACAGGUCAUUGCUCUGGGGAUCCGCGUCCGAUGCAGCGAAACGCGGAGACCCUAUUUGUCAAUGCCUCUAUGCAAGGGUCCGAGGAUCUCCCGAUACAACCGUCGUGGCUUGUUGAUCUUGAGCUGCCAGCAGCAUCUUGA